UGUUCCCUUCAAAGAUCCUCAAGUAUUACACCAAAUUUUUACCAUAGUAGUUUAAGCGGCCACCUGGAAGGGAGCUUCAUAAACAAACAAUUUGGUGAGGGUUUUGGAUCGUUUCAUUGGCUGGUGAUUUAGUGAAUGUGUGUGCAUGAAUUUCGCGGACAAUUUACACGUCAGCCAUUUCUGGAAGAGGCCAAAAUGCUUGAGCCUGCAGUUCUGUGAUUCUUUAAUUAUUACGAGGACGACAGAGCAGGCUUCGAUUUCAAAUGAUGCUCUUUUUCCGGAUUGCUUUUAGGUUUUUCCCGAGUGCUGCAGAAGAAAUUCAGGAGGAGAUUGAAUCAGAAGGUAAGGGUCUAGGGAUACCGAAAUUAUCUUUUGUUUUUUUGUGGGUAGGGAUCUAGUGAUGUUUAUGACGAUACCUGGAUCGGAUGGACUUCAAGGCCUUCUGAAACUUCAGUUGUAGCUAGAUUAUUUAGGUUUUCUUGUUAAAAAUCGGAUCUUUAAGACUUAAGAGUUCAGAGAUCUGGAACUUGAGCUUCUUGAAAGAGUUCCGGAGCCGCAAUAAUGCCGCCGACAGAGAGUGAGAGUGCCGCAGAAUAUCAAGAAGAUCUCUGCAAGUUGUCUAUUAUGCAGUUUCAUUGAUUUUCAUUCAUGUCACAGCAGACGAGGAGAUUUUCUGGAGAGGCACGCGUAUUUGACAAGAUGCCCGGUGGAUUUACGGUAGGCUCACAGAUGUUCAACGAGAAUUUCAAUUUUCAAAGCGAGGUAGAAUUACUAGGCGUCCCUAAGGACGAUGUAGUCUCCGGUUCGAAACUCACUCCAAGCAACAUUUGGAGGGUUUCCAAUGGUCACAAACAGUAUGACUAUGCCGGCGGUUUCAAUACUCAGAAAGAAGGAAAUAUAAAUAUUCAAGGCCUGGACGCCAUGCAGUUGUACCCUGUGAGUACGGCGAGCGGGGAAGAGUAUUCUGCGCCGGCAAUAUCAUUUACUUGUAAUAGUGGUAUAGAUCAUCAAAGCUCAGAGAUCAAUUCAGUACAAUUUCAGCUUCCUGGUUUUCCCCAAUCUACUGCAAACCAGGCUCUUGGCAAUAUAGAUCAAGAAGUUUCUAGGGAAUCUUGGCAAAGUGGAGCGGGUUUAAACGAGCUCCUGCUUCUUCAAAGAGGUAACAGCUUGAGAAGUAACAACCCGCAAUAUGCGCCGCAAAUCUGGGGAAAUAGUUCUUUACAACCCUCUACUUCACAGUGGUGUGAACAAUCUUCCUUGGAGACAAAACUUGGCGGAAACAGUUUUAGUAGAGCGGAUGCCGGAUCUGUGCAAGGGCUUUCUCUAUCUUUGUCAUCUGAUUCGCGAAUUCAGGUUCAGCCUUUUGAAUCGACAAGGUUAGUUUCUUGCCAAGGUAUGGUCAAUAAAUCGGCAGACUUUUUGAGCGGCUCUAAAGCCGGCCAUUUCUCGCAUCAGUCAAGAUCAGAGGGAAUUUUGUCCACGAAAAGACGUUGGAAUUCUGACACUGAUUCGUUCGGCCAAUUUGCAUGCUGUGUGAAGCAGUCGAAGUAUUUGAAACCCUCUCGCGAGUUACUGUAUGAGUUCUGCAACGUAGCGGAAAAGGGGGAAAAAGGCAACGCUCAGAGUUUUCCCAAACAGAAGCAUCUGAAAUCAGAGCAGGAAGGUUACUGUAAAAGUCAGUCAAUUGCUCAGAUUGGACAUGGAAUCGAAGCUUCUAUUUCAAUCAGUGGUACAGCAGCCGAAAUUUCCAGAAUAUUAAGCAAAGGAUGUGCGAGCGAUGGAGGAAAUAAAGACAGGCUCACUUUUCCAGGAGAUACGCCGCUGCUACGGACACGGAAAGCAAAGCUUCAAUGGAUGCUUGACGAGGCCGAAAGACGAUAUCGGCAUUAUCGCGAGCAGCUGAAGUUGAUUGUUACAGGUUUCGAAUUUGCAGCAGGUGUGGGAGCCGCGACAGCAUAUACUUAUCUUGCAGCCAAAGCGAUGUCCAGGCAUUUCAAGUGCUUAAAAGAUGCAAUUCUCGGGCAGAUAAGAUCAGUAAACGAGCUUCUAGGUGAAAAAGAUUCAAACAUUCGAGGCAUAACUAAGGGAGAAACACCGCGACUAAAAAUUUUAGAACAGAGCCUUCGGCAACAGCUUACUUUUCACCAGUUUGGAACCCUGGAACAAGAUGCAUGGCGGCCGCAGAGAGGACUUCCUCAAAGAGCUGUUACAGUUCUCCGUGCAUGGCUUUUCGAACAUUUUCUCAAUCCGUACCCUUCUGAUGCGGAUAAGCAUUUAUUGGCUAGACAGACUAGUCUCUCCAGAAACCAGGUUUCAAACUGGUUUAUAAAUGCCAGAGUUCGGCUAUGGAAGCCAAUGAUAGAGGAAAUGUACCAAGAAGAGGCAAGGGAAGCUGAAAUGGAGCACACUGGUCAUAAAGAUGGUAAUCCUAAUACCCAUCAAAAGCAUGAAGCUGGAGUUAGUGAUUCUAAUGGCUUGUCUCAAGAAUUCCACUGUGAUAAGCCAUUUUCUUCCCGUUUGAAUUUGGCUGUAGAAUCUCCAGAAAAUGUGAUUGCCUGUAGUUUCAAGGGAAAUAUAAGCAAAAUACAAUCAGCUAACAUGAAUUCUUUUGAGUUGGAAAACUCGGAAGAAAACGUUCCUACAGCAAAACAUGAGCUAUGUCUACUUUGGAGUCGGUGAUGUAUUUCUCACUCUUGGCUGAUCUUUGACAAUUGGUGCUUGUCAAGUAAUGUAACACAGUCCAUUUCUCAAAAAUUUCUGCAAUGGUAGAAUCAACUUAUUUAUUGACUGAAAACAGGAAUCCGUAGUACAAUUGGAUGGUUUAUAGGCACCGAUAUUUAUAGAUUUACUGGUCCAGUUUUUUAAGUGAAGUAUUUUACACGGCAAUUGGCUUAUAAAUAUUGGUGCUAUUGGGCAUUCAGUUGUACUAUGCAACUGCUGUUUCUAUAGUAGUCUGAAUUUGUUGAAAAAAUAUGCUAACUAUGAGUCUAAUAUUUCAAUAUAGAUGCCACAAGUAAUUUCUGCACC